GGUUGGUUCAACUUGGCUGGGUAUGUCUCAACUCUCAACCAGUGUGGAGGAGGAACAGACAAGACCAGUGAACCACUGACCACAGGAUGAAAGGACUGCUACACUGCAAGACUGUGCAUGUGCUUCUUUCAUGGGUGGUUUGGUGAUUGUCGCCACAUCUCUUGCUCUACCCUACCCUAGCGUUACCAGCAAAAUGGUUGGUUUCCCCGGAUCAUUUUCUAUCUAUCAUCCAUGAGAGAUCCGGUAUGGAAAGAAUAGACAGACAGCCCGCCCACUAACCCCCGCGCUGAAUACAAUGCAGAAACUCCACGAGUUGAGGCAUGAAUAUUGCCGGUUGGCGAGGUUGAUAAUAUCCUGAUCUAGUUUCCCAAGCCCUCCUCCUUUGCUAAUAAUAACCUCUAUAUGCAGCUCUCUACAGCGUAGAUGAAUGAGUCUGACUAACUACCCCAACAAAUGACGCAGAAAUGGACACGGAAGGGAAAAAACAAAGGGGCUUGAAAGAACACCCUUCCCCACCGGUGCAAAAAAGUCAAAAAAACUCCCUCAAAUCACGCACCGCGGAUUCGCAUAGAUCCAAUCCAACACGCUGAAAAGCGUCCAGAUAUGGAUUCCGGCACUGAGCACCACAAACAGGUGGAAAAUCUGAUGAGACGCCCCCCAGAUAUCGAACUUCUCCGGCGUCCACGACUCGGGGAAAUGCGUCUAAAAAUACCCAUUUUGCUGCCAUUAGCUGCGGGGUUUUCAAUAACAUCACGCCUCCUUUCCCCUCCUUUGUUUCUUUGUUUCUUUGUUUCUUUGGUUCUUUGUUUCAUUGUUUGGCUGUAACUCACCGCAUAGAAGAGCGUGCCAACAAUGAGCGCCAGGCCCUCGAGCAGGUAGUAGCCCAAACCCGCCCGCGGGCUCCAUUCGGCAUACGGAUAUAUGCACGCGGCAUGGAUGAUGGGCAAUAAUCCCGACAGCCCCGUUGCGACAAACGUGGCGAGCCGGAGCAUCCGCCACCGGCUGCUUUGGAACUUGGGACUCACGACGAUGAUGGCGGAUAGGGUUCCCAGUGCGAGAGUCUACCGUCCGGAUAUCCAUCCACCCUCUCCGUUAAUCAAGGAAUGCUCACGACAGUCACGAGAAACGGGGUAAAGGGGGAUGAGGGAGAAAAGGGCAAGGGAAUCCCACCAUAGUCCAAUACACCCGCCUCAACCCCGGCUCGCAAUCAAACGUAACAUAAAUCCCCGACACAAACGACCCGAUCGUCUGCAGUAGGAUAGCCACAUAAUCCAUCCUCCCCCACAGCCCCGCAUACUCCUCCGAAUGACACAGCAGCGUGUGGUACGCAGACGAGAUCCCAAAACACAAGACCGACGUCGUCAGGUAGAUGUGGACCGCCAGCCGGUGCUGCAGCGCCAGUACCGCCUCGUCCGGAUACCGCGCGCGGAAAUACAGAUGCAGAAUCGCAUUGCUGGCCAGCGCGAUCGCGGCAGGGAGCAGGUGCGAGUAGAUGUUGACCGUCUCGUUGUGCAGGGUGCGCAGGCUGUCGAUGCACAGGCGCACGGAGCCCGUGAUGGGUCGGUAGCCGGUGAGGAGGUAGGUAUUGUGUGCGUACCAGGAUGGUAGCUCGCUGGCGCGUAGGAGCUGGGGUUUUUGGGCGGGAUUUUGUUGUUUGAGCGGGGUGGUACCUUUGCUGCCACCUGUCCGAUCCCCCUCGCUGCGGGCGGGUGAGAGGCGUUGGUAGAGAGUCAUGAGUGGGGGAGCUUGGAGAUUAUAGAUUAUUACUGCGAAUCUGGUAUCUUUGUUAGUUUACUGGGGUGUGGCGAGCAGAGUGAAGAGCGAAACAACACGCACCGUAUACGACGGAACACAUGAGGCUAAGAAAGAAGAAGAAAAAGAAGUAAAAGAAGAAGAGAAGAAAGGACGUCCUUCAACAAAUAAAUUCGGGGCGUUGCUCCUAUCACCAGCCCUCACGUUUUCACCCACAAGGCUGCGUUGUUGACAUGUUGGAAUGUGACAAAGAACGCUAAGUGAUUGGUCGCCGGCCCCAUAUACAGUGCCCAGACGGGGGUUGCCGUUGCGAGUCCGCGGCGGCUGGCCUGAGAUCCAAUCAUAAUAUUCAAUGAUAAUGCCCAGCGAUGCCGCUUGGAUGGGGCUUUUUGGGGGCCACGGCAGCCUUCUUUUUUUGACCAACCAGUAUCUCCCUCCACAAGUAUGAUGAUGGGAUUUACAAAUCAACCAGGGCACCAUUUCCUAUUCCAGCAAGGGUGAAGAAUCCUGGUUUCUUUCUUCCCUUUUUUUUUCGUCUGGCGUACUGUGAAGAAGACCAGUCAGCACCGCCCGGUUAUCAUUAGCGCUGGACACGUCGUUGUUCAUACAGCUGUUUCGUUCCUGGCGGUUGGAGAAAGUCUGUUUAAGGUUUGGAGGCUCAGUUAAGGUUCCGGGGUGAUGAGUCAGCAGCGGGAUGAGGCUGAAGAGAACUUACCGAAACUUGAUGACUCCGUAUUGAAGGUUUCUCCAAAUGUUUGUUUGCUACAACGGCGCACCUUCAUGGUGGCUGCUGUUGAUGGGUAUAACGAGAGGUUAUUUGCUGGAGGCUGAAAAUGAGAUUUCAUUAGCACCAGAAAGCAGCAGCAGCCAGACAUCGUGUUGAUAUCAUCAACACUCUUGAUAAACGUUUCCAGGCGUCGACAAGACGAACAAAACAAUGUCAGAACAUAAAAAUAGACGAGUACAAUACAGGGAUAUACGCCUCCCAGAACAGAACCUCACGUUGCAGCCUCUCAAACUCUUCGAAGAUCGGGUGAAUUUAUAACACCCAGCAUGAAAAUACUAUCGGGCGCUUUCCAUUCGUUGAUCAACCACUGGUGCUUGCAACCCGCUCUGGAUAGGUGGACCUAGGGCCGGCCCGGGCUUGCUCCAAGGCUGAGAGCCAGUGCUUCUACAUUUACUAGGCUUUAAAGCUAAAAAUAGUGUCAGAAUCAACCCGCCCGACCUAGAUGCUGGAUGCGAUGGGAUUCCCCCUAACCCCCUAGCUUCCCGAGCGCUGCCCGCCUCCUUCUCUUCCCCUCUCCUCUUUCUCUUUUCCUGCACUUUUUUUUUUUUUUUUUUUUUUUUUUUUUUUUUUUUCUCCCCCUUCCCUAAACACACCACGCAAAAGAAUGAUCUCGUCGCGUAGAUUCCCCCCCAACCCCGAGCUGCUGCCAAUCAGUGCCUCGCCAUCGAUACCUGCGUUGCAACUGCAACUGCAACUGCAUUGCGCGGCCGUUGUUCAGAAAUGGCCUCCCGAGAUGACUACACCGUCGGCUGGAUAUGCGCCCUUCCCCUGGAGAUGGCAGCGGCGAAGGCGGUACUUGAUCACAUCCACGCCGAUCUGCCCGCAGAUCCAAGUCUGAAUGACUCCAACUCGUAUGUUCUGGGAAGCCUCAACGAACAUAACAUUGUGGUUGCAUGCCUGCCCUUCGGCGUAUAUGGGACCACCUCCGCCGCAACCGUCGCGGCGCAGAUGCUCGCGAGCUUCAAGUCCAUCCGCUUCAGCUUGAUGGUCGGCAUCGGGGGCGGCGUACCGAGUACGAAGGAGGAUGUUCGGCUUGGUGAUAUUGUAGUGAGCAGGCCGUCGGCGGCGCGGCCGGGGAUUAUUCAGUAUGAUUUCGGGAAGAAAACUGGAGAGGGCCAGUUCACUAGUACAGGCGCGUUGAAUAAACCGUCUACCUUACUCCUCACGGCCGCGGGAAAGGUCGAGACGAAUAAUAUCCUCGGCGAGAGCCAGAUUCCCCGUUACAUCCACAAGAUUGUCGAGAAGGAUCCCCUCGUCUUCGCCCAUCCCGGUUCAGAGCAGGAUGCCCUCUUCGACUCGAACUACGACCACGUCGCGGCGCUCGGAGAUGAUGGUACGUGCACUCAGUGCGACCCCGCUAGACUCCUCCACCGGCCGCCGCGAGGGUCGCAGAACCCGAAAGUCCACUAUGGUCUGGUUGCGUCUGGCAACCAGGUGAUGCGACAUGGCGGGACACGGGACAAGUUGGCGCGCGAGCAUGGGAUCCUUUGUUUUGAGAUGGAGGCGGCCGGCUUGAUGGACAUCGCCCAAUGCCUGGUCAUCCGGGGAAUCUGCGAUUAUGCAGAUUCGCACAAAACUAAGGUCUGGCAGGGGUACGCCGCUGGUGCCGCUGCUGCCUAUGCGAAGGAGCUCCUGUCUUUGAUGCCCCCUGCCCCGAAGCCACCGCCGCUGGCAUCUAUCACGGAUUCGACGGUUGCCGGUGUUCUCGAUGCCUUACUCCUGACCAGACCCGAGGUUGACCGGAGCUCUCUGAUCGCAUUGAAGGGGCGGAGAGUAGCAGGUACUUGCGAAUGGCUGCUACGACAUGAUCACUAUCAAGAGUGGCUGAAAGGAACUGAUCCGCCGCUCCUCUGGAUCUCAGGCGGGCCGGGAAAAGGGAAAACUAUCCUCUCCAUCUACAUCACUGAGGAACUGGAGUCGGUGGUUGACGACGCUCAGGGUGUUCUCCUUUACUACUUCUGUAGUAACCGUGACAAGAACAGGAACUCGGCCAUGACGAUCAUGCGAGGCCUAUUGCACCAAUGGCUCAGUCUCCAUCCCCACCUAGCACAACAUAUUCAGAACUUCUUUGAUGGGUCCGAAACGACCAAAUACACUAUUUCUAACUUUAUCUGCCUCUGGAAGCUCUUCCUGAGCCUUCUCAACCACACCGACGCACCGCAGGUGGUAUGCGUGCUUGAUGGCCUAGAUGAGUGCGAGGAGGAAUCUCUCAAGCAGCUCCUUGACGUCUUGAGUGAAUAUUUCUCGAACUCCGAGGCGAAACCAAACACAUACCUAAAGGUCAUCCUCCUCUCCCGCCCGCAGCCUGGACCUUUAAAAAGCAAACUUCACCGAUUCCCUCGGAUCAAACUUGAUGACUCGGACGUGGAGAUUCAAAAAGAUGUUGAGAAAUACAUCUCGGCCAAAGUUGCCGAGCUGGCAGCCGAGAAUAUCCUAUCGGAGGAUAGGCUACGUCAAGUUAGCCAGACCUUGAUGGCCAGCGCGGAGGGAACCUUCUUGUGGGUUGGGUUUGUCGCGGAUGAGCUCAAGGGCAAAAAUUGGCUUCAAAUCAACCACAUACUUCGCGGUGUGCCCAAGGACCUUGUUGGGGUUUAUCAGCGAUUGCUGCAACAAGUCGAAGACAAAGAAAACCUGGUCCCCAUCCUUGAAUGGAUCGUUCUCGCCGCCCGACCCAUGACCGUGGAUGAACUAGCAAUGGCGGCGGAGAUCAAGGCGUUUCAUGCCCUGACGCCAGCCGAAAUCCUGAAGGAUAGGCUUGCGUCCUGUGGGCUGUUGGUGAAAAUCGAUGGAGACGUGGUCAACCUCGUCCAUGAGUCGGCGAGAGAGUUCUUCCAGAGCGACCAGAUCAAUAUCGACGGGAUCAACGUUUUCCAUAUGAAUCACAAAUCGCAUAAGACUCUUAUGCGUACCUGCCUCGGGCUCAUUGAAGGGAGCUACAAAUCUCCUGGUAGUAUCAGCAACGCCUCCCUCCACAAUAGCCUCUUGACCUAUGCCAGCCUCUACUGGCCAGAGUAUUUCCGACAGGCGUUCGACUCGGUCGAGGCCCAGCUUGAGUUUUCAAGCCAGUUCUUCCGAGCUGAGUCGCCGGUGCGGGAGGAUUGGUGGAAAUUCUACUGGGAUCGGGAGCAGUACGGCGGAGCUCCGCCCUCGUUCACGCUUCUACACCUAGCGGCGUACUUUGGCAACUUGGCCUGGGCCAAGAUGUUGCUUAAGCAUUCUGCCGCCGCCGGCAUUCCCUUCCGCCGUCGCACCUCGCGAAAGGAUUCUUAUGGGCGCACACCCCUCUUCUGGGCUGCUACGCGCGGUCACAGAGACGUGGUGGAGUUGCUACUCGAGCACGGUGCCAACAUAAAUUCUAAGGACCGCGACAAAUUGACCGCGCUCCAUAUCGCAGUCACUGGAGAGCACAAGGAUGUCGUGUCUCUACUACUAGAUCGGUCCGCCCGGAUCGAGGCCAAAGGUAGCUACGGGGACACGCCAUUGAUCCGAGCCAUCCAGGCCAGUUCCAAAGAUAUCGUCAAGUUACUGCUCGAGCACGGUGCGCGGGUUGAUAAAUUACCUACACCACCAGGUGUCGCCGCCCUGAAGGGGCCGAUGGAUCCACUGGAAGAGCGCGUGAAACAGUUGCUGGAACUUCAGGAAAUGCUUUUUACUGCGCGAUAUGAUAAUCAAUCGAGACUGGUUGACCUCACGCUCAAGAUCCUAACCGUCUCACUCAGGUACAAACCUAUCUUUAGACUGGUUGCGCUGUACGUGAGACACUGGUCAGUUGGCCGCUGGGAGGUUCUGCAAGACCUCGUGAAGAAUAACGAGACGGCCAGAUUGCGAAAAUGGGCGCAGUCAUUCAGCAGCUUUGGCAACCAGUUGGUCGAGGCUAGGAAUCCCAGAGACCUAGAGGCCAUGACGGGGCUCUCGGUCCGGGUGUUUGAGGUGGUCUCUACUGCGGAUCUAGAGGCGUUAUUGGUAAUCGGGGUCCUGGUAGGUUCGUCUGUCAUGCUCGCAUCGGCCAAAUCCCGAUGGAGAGAAGGUGUAGAUAUCUCGGGCAGGACGUUCUCUCAAUUCGCCUCCCUCGCCUACCACAGGGGCACGGAGGAGUCACUGGACUACGGCGUUCGCCAGUUCCUGAUCGAUCUCGACGCCUCCAUUCGCGCCGGCAACAGGGCGGACACGGUGGAUCGGGUGGUGGUCAUGUUCAGCACGCACCUCGCCAUCCUCGCUAGCAAGGAUCCACGGCCCAUCGAGUACUUCUCGACGGUCCUCACGGAAUAUUUCGAACACUAUAUCGGCGGCAGCUAUGAGGAACAGCUCUUCAGCGACGCCAGCGAGGCAUGCGCCAAUGAGCUUGCUGCCAUCAACAAAUGUCAGGAUUCCCGCAGAUUGUUCCUCCUCCUCUCUGCCAUCUUCAAGAUCGCUCAGCACUCGCGGGAGAAGGGGCAGGACCGGCUCCUCAACAUCCCACCAGCGUCAUGUCUGAUCCUCUGCCAGGAUGACCCCGACUCCCAUAGAUGGUUGAUCGGCGAAGGGAUACCGGAAACAGUGAGUGUGCUGAUACCCCGACAACAACAAGGACUCUCGCGAAAGCGGGCGUUCAAAGCUCUCGUGGAAUGUCUGAUUAUUGGGAAGCAAUUUGGGUUAUCACUGUCUAUGGGGGUGCGGGAAACGGUGAAGCGAAACCUUGAACUUAUUGACGGGGUGGACGGAAUGCUGGAUCAACUUCUUAGUACAUGAUUCUUGUUUAAUGUUUAUGAUUACUUUUUUGGUUGUUUGCAAUGUUCCCCCCUUUCUUUUUCUAAAUUCCAAUUCAUUUCAAUGUAAUGGUUGAAAAAGAAAAACCCCUCCUUUCCACCCGCCUUGGCAGACAUUUUGAUUCACCGCAUAUGCUCCGCUGAAGCUAUAUAUAUAUAAGGAAAAGGAAAUGAAAAGGAAAAGAAGAACAUGAAAAGAGAACGAGAUAGUGAAAAAAAAGGUAAAAAUGUAGAGCAAGAAAAGGAAAUACCAAAAAAAGAAUAAAUAUAAACGAUGACAGGCGAAGGUGGCAACAAAGGAGGAAAUAGAAAGGCCAUGUUUGAAGAAUAACAUGAUAUUAGUAUAGGGGAUCGAAGGGGAACAAAAGAGACUGGUCAAAAACCAAAAUAGCAACAGUAUUACAUGAAAAAAAGAAUAUGAAAGUGGGAAAAUUAGGAAAGGUGAGAAUAGAGAAUUGAAGUCAAUGGAAUUCAAUAAAAAAUGGAGGAAGAUGUAGUAAAACAAAAGCAAAAAAAAGAUAAAAAAUGGAAACAAACAAAGAGUGAAUACAGGCUAGUCGACCUUCCCCGAUCCAUUUCCACCACCAAGUAGCCCUUCCUUUCCAUCAAGGUGGAAGAAUCCACCCCCUGAGCUACCAGUGACUGCACCUAGGAGGCCUCCAGCACCCCUGCCUUUUCGAAGUCUACCCUUCGUGAAGAGGUACGCAAAUAUCAAAGCAGCGAAGAACAUGGCAAUAAAAAGGAUAGGGUGGUUGCGGUAAAAGGAGCGCGUGCUGAAGUACAUACUUUCGAAGAUGCCGACGGUGGAUUUCGCCUUGAGCCUAGAUGAUGGCGAGACGACCUGAGUGAUGGUUUCGAGGAUAGAGGUUCGGCUUGGCAUUAUGUAGGCACCACUAGUGGUGGUAUCCCAGUACCGACGGUUCUGGUUCGUUUGAAAAAGGCAAGAGUCAGCUUUUGGAUGUCUAAUGGAUCCGUUGAAUUGAAAAUUGGGAUACUACAAGUGAAUUCUCAGGGGUGAAGAAGGGCAAAUAUAGAGUAAAAACUUACAUCUUCGUCAAUGAUGAUAACACGUUCACCGUUUUUCACAUCAAUACCGUACGUUGUCCGAAUCCAUCGAUCCCAGAAGAUACCAUCAAUCCAUGCAAAAACGACCUGCUUUUUGUCACUCUCUCGGAUGGUUAUUUGCCUGUUUUUCGCUGCACGCAGUGCCCGUUGGUCAUUUCGGUCUUCUGCUUCCUCGAUACGCAGCUCCUUCGCGUCCCGAAGUUCCUGCCUCUCAAGCUGGAACAACUUGGUUUGUUUAUCCAUCCACUCAAGCGCCGCAUUUUUCAGCUCCUUUUUGUCCUGGACAAAUUCGUCCGAGCGUAGUCGGCUGAGAAUACCGAGGACUACGUAUUUUCCAUUAAGAAUCUCGCGAGCAUUAGCAGCGGUGAGCUCUGGUACUAUGGGCAGCCAGACACUUUCCAUCCAAGUGAGCACCUGUCGGAAAUCUCGCAUGUCUUUGGGGGCGAGCGCGCUGUAAUAACUGGCUUUUCCACCCCUCGAGACAAGAAGACGAGGCCACGUGGAAAUUCUGAAUCUCUGGGCAAGGACAUCGCUGUCAGUCUUAACAAGCUUUGCACGCCCGACCAAGCUCAGAGUUAACCGAUCCAGAGCGGCAAAGUCCUCUGAUGUAGUGGCCUUGUCGAAGAAGUAUAAGAAAAUAACCUCCUCAGUUUCUUCCAUUUUCUUAAAAGCGUCAGCAUCAACAUAUUGAACGCCGUUACCAACAACAUCCACGGCCUUUUUGGCGUAGUUGACCAGGUCUCCCAAGCCCCUGAGUCCGUUAUACUCAACACGUUCCCCACCUCUGAAAAAGUAGAUGGUAGGGAAAGAUCCGACACGAGCAUCCUUGCAUAAGCGUCGUUCCGUCUCACAGUUAACUUCACCAACAUUUAGGACUUCUUUCAUGUCCCUAGCCAUCUGCUGCCAAGAUGCAGCCAUGGCCUGGCAAUGACUACACCAGGGUGUAUAGAACUUGAUAAACCAUGGAACAUGAGUGUUUGUAACGAGUUUCUGGAAACUUUCGGCUGUGAGUGAUAUCGAUUUGCCUUGAGGGUUGGGCACCGGUCCACUGGGCCUUUUCGGCACCGCGGGCUGGUUCUUCUCCUCCGGUGGUUCGGACUUGGCUGAUGGUUUAUCUUGCGGUUUAUCUUCGGGUUUAUCUUCGGGUUUUCCUCCUAUUUUAAGGGGGGCGGUAGAAGUAUCAACCUUGGUAUCGCCAGGUUUUGGUAGCUGCAGGCCAUUCCGAGGCCUUGAGCCAGGCUUAAUUUGUUCGAGCUUAUCUUCAAUAAACUUGCUCAGUCCUUCCAUUGACUUCUUGCCGGUAAAUGUCUCCAUUUUCUCUCCUUUGUGGUAAAGUAUAAACAUAGGGAAGGCGUUGAUUUUGAGGGCCCGGCACUUGUCUGCGUUG